AUGAGCGAGCAGUGCGUUCUAAUACCGGGAGAAUUUGGCGUGUUCGUGCAGGUCUUCAUAGGGUGUGUUUCCAUAGGCAUAUUAAUAACCAAGUACCUCUUCGAGAAGCCAAGAAGAAAAUUCAUCAAAUUUUUGAAGGACGUAAUUGUUAUCAUAUGUGGAUCAGUAACACUACACAUAACAAACAUAUUUUCCUGCAUAUUCAUUUUCCGAUACCACCUGCUGUCCUAUCUGUACAAAAUUGAAAUGGACGAAUGCUCUAUUUAUUUUGUUCAAAUAAUAAUUGAUGCAACAUUAGGUCUAUACAUAGAAUAUAAAUUAUUUGCAUUAUUUAAGUUUCUAAAAUUUAGAAAGGACUAUCUUCACAACAAUUCUAUAGCUUCUAUAUACAAGCCGAUUGAUGCUCUUUCUCAUUAUUCCUCUUUCGUCAACUUUGCGAACAGUAAUGACGUACAGAAAGGGGAAAAGAGCAAAAGUGGGGGUACUAUGAGAACAACAAAAAAAGGUCACUCUGAUAUUUCUUCCAACCCAUCCAAUGUGAACAGUGGACCCCCACAAAAGGACCAUGCCGGUACGUUUAACUCAAGCGAAGUAACCGGUACGUUUUCCGCAAACAGAGCAACCGGUACGUUUUCCGCAAACGGAGCAACGGGCGUGUCUUCCCCAAAUGAGGCUCCACAAAAUGGUUCAAACAAUUUGGAAAGGACCAAUCAUAGUAACCCGGGCACCACGGAAAAUGCCCUUCACAAUGUAGCCCCCUGCAAGAGUGUAGGAAAGCACCUCGCGCCCAACGGAGGUGCGACAACCGGGGAAGUAAAGGUCCAGGGGCCCAUCAAUACAAAUAAAACGAAUAAAACGAAUGAAGCGAAUGAAAUGCGGCCAAUGAACGAGACCGACGAGACCAACGAGACCAACCGCACAAGCGCACACCCGGAGGAAGCGAACAAGCGCGAACAGCGAGGAGGACAUGGCGACGCGGGCCAUGUAACCGACACACGGAAAGAACAAAACACCUACGAAGAGUGCAACCAAUACAACAAGUAUAAAAAGUACUACAACAACAACUGCGAAGACUACAAAAACGAGUUAAAAUUACUGACGGACGAAACCCCCAAUGGAGAAAUUUGCAUUCAGCUAAACGAAAAUAGUGAUCACGAUAAAGAAAAUGUAGCUACAUAUGACAAUAAAAAUUCAGAGAUUUACAAAAAAAUUGAAGAAAAUUACAUGGAUAUGAAUUUAUUUCAAAAUAUUUUCAUGUGGGUCUCUGUAGUUCUAACGGCAAAGCUUAUAUCUUUGCUGAUUUUUUUCUUCUUCUCUCCGAUCUUUAACAUGCUCGUCAUGGGAACCAUAGCUCACAUCAGUGACAUGAGGUACAAGCUCCUCGUGGUGAUGAUCAUCGUGCCCUUCUUCUUCAACUUCAUCAUGUACUUCUACAUGGAUAGCAUAGUCAAGACGAAGCACACGUGCAGGACGCACCCUCCCCGUGUUGCUCUAACCUACAACACGCCUCCGUCGAUGUAA